AUGACUUCUUCAACGCAGGAGGGCGCUUUGCAGCAGCGUCUCUCGACUUUGACCAUGGUUGCUAUGGCCUUUGCCAUUCUCAAUACAUGGAUUGCACUCGCUGGUACCAUGGCAUACAUUCUCCCUUCUGGGGGCUCCGUGUCGUUUAUCUAUGGGUUUAUAGUCUGUGUUUUCUGUAACUUGGCUCUUGCUGCUAGUUUGGGAGAAAUGGCUGCACUUUGGCCAACUGCAGGUGGACAGUAUCAUUUCAUGUACGCUCUUUGUACACCAAAGUGGAAACGGCCCAUGAGUUUCUUUAUUGGAUGGACCAACAUUGCUGGUUGGUUGACUGUUGUGACAACUCAAGCCUUCUUUGCUGCCCAGCUAGUCUCCGCCGCAGCCGUCGUCGCUUCGAAUAACGCAUACGAGGCCACACAAUGGAAGACAUAUCUCUUCUUCCUCGCCAUACUUACCUUCGGGACUGUCGGUAACGUUUGGGGCAACAAGAUUCUCGGUCGUUGGAAUGACAUGGCUUUAUAUUGGUCCAUCCUCUCGGUUGUUAUCAUGAGCAUCAUCCUACUUUCCAUGUCACCAAAGACAGACGCUCGUCAAGUCUUUACAGAGUUCAGCAAUGAGACUGGUUGGUCUGAUGGUGUGGCUUGGAUCCUUGGCUUACUCCAGUCUGCCCUAUCACUCAUCGGCUUUGAUGUUGUCUUGCAUCUGACUGAGGAGAUGCCCAACCCUUCGAGAGAUGCACCUCGAGCUAUGAUGCUGGCAAUCGUUAUUGGCGGUGUCACUGGCUUUCUAUUCAUCCUCGUUAUCCUCUUCUGCCUCACCGACCCCGCAACAAUCCUCGCCUCCAACACAGGCAUGCCCAUUGUCGAACUCUUCCUCCAGAGCACAAAGAGUCGCGCCGCGGCAACUAUCCUAGCCCUUAUGCUAAGUGUCUGCUUCAUCAACGGCACGUCAGCCAGUAUCACCAGCGCAAGCCGUCUUCUCUAUGCCAUGGCUAGAGACAAGGGUAUCAUCUGCCACAACUACUUUGCACACAUUGAACCAAAGCUUGAUGUCCCCGUCCGCACAAUUACCUUGUGUUUCAUCUUCAAUGUCCUCUUUGGACUCUUGUACCUUGGACCUGCUGUGGCUUUCAGUGCUUACAUUGCUUCGUGCACUAUCUUCCUUAAUGUCUCUUAUGCUGGUCCUGUCAUUGCCUUAUUGGUGAGAGGAAGAAGCAUUCUCAAGGAGUAUCAGACAAGAAAGACACCGGCCAGGAUGGGUUUGUGGACUGGUGCUGUUGUCAAUAUUAUUGCAAGUGUCUUUGUCGUUGUCAUCACGAUCUUCUUCUGUUUUCCGACUGCCCUUCCGGUAUCAGCUAACACCAUGAACUACGUUUCCGCUGUCGUCGGCGUUUUCUACCUACUUCUUGCUCUGUACUGGGUGGUCUAUGGUAAGACCUUUGAAGGCCCUAACUUUGAGGCCAUUAUUGGACAGCCUUUACAGGUCAAAGGAGAACAUGAGCCGGAAGCAGUUCAGGAGAAAUCUGAAACGUCAACGAAGGCCUGA